CGCAGUGACACUCCUUCUGUCAAACAUGGCUGUGCUUUGGAAGCAGGAAAAAUGCUGAAUUGUGUUGGUAUUUAUCGGGAAAAGCGGCAGACAUGGCUAGAUUUGCUGACUACUUUAUUGUCGUGGGAUACGAUCAUGAGAAAUCGGGUUCAGGGGAGGGAUGUGGAAAGAUCAUUCAGCGAUUCCCCAAGAAGGACUGGGAGGGAACGGCGUUUCCUCAGGGGGUGGAAAUGUUCUGCCAGCCUGGAGGGUGGAGGCUGUCCAGGGACAGGAAAGCACCCACCUUCUUCACCGUUGUGCUGACCGAUAUCGAUUCAGACCGACACUACUGCUCCUGCCUCACUUUCUACGAAGCUGAGGUCAAUCUCCAGGGAUCAAAGAGUAUUGAGGCUGAUGAUGAAGAUGAAGAUGAGGAGGCAGAGGAGGAUGGCCUGAUCCAGCCAGCUCAAGUGUUUGCACCAAAAAGUCUCAUUCUCGUGUCCAGGCUGGAUUAUCCCGAAAUAUUCCGGGGGUGCUUGGGUCUGAUCUACACAGUGCACAUCGAUAGCCUGAGUUUCCCUUUGGAGGGUCUGGUGGUCAACCUCUUUACAUUCCAGGUUCCUGUUGCUGGUGGAUCCCAGAAGCUCUUUAGCCUUGGAGCAGGAGACCGUCAGCUCAUCCAGACGCCUCUGAACGACACGCUGCCUGUCACAUGCAAAAGUGUUGCUCUGCUCUUCCAGCAGCUGGGAAUCCAAAAUGUUCUAAGCCUGUUUUGUGCAGUUCUGACAGAACACAAGGUUUUGUUUCACUCCACCAGUUACCAGAGGCUGGAAGAGGCGUGUCGCGCUCUGGAAGCCCUCAUGUUUCCCCUCAAAUACAGUUACCCGUACAUCCCCAUUCUGCCUUCACGGCUGCUGGAGGUGUUGAGCUCGCCCACUCCCUUCAUCAUUGGAGUUCACUCCAUGUUUCAGACUGAAAUCCAGGAUCUGUUGGAUGUUAUUAUUGCGGACCUGGAUGGAGGGACAAUAAAGAUUCCUGAGUGCAUUCAAUUGUCCCUGCUCCCUGAACCUCUGUUACACCAAACACAGACUUCCUUGUCCCUGGUUUUGCACCCUGAUCUGGAGAUAGCAGACAAUGCAUUUCCUCCACCUCGCACUGCUCCCUCCAACCUCAAGUUGUUGGAUAAGGAGGUGAGGGCCGUCUUUCUCAGGUUGUUUGCACAACUCUUCCAGGGCUACAGGUCCUGCCUGCAGCUCAUCCGCAUACAUUCUGAACCCGUUAUUCACUUUCACAAGACUGCCUUCCUGGGCCAGCGAGGACUCAUUGAGAAUGAUUUUCUGACCAAGGUUUUGGAUGGCAUGGCCUUCGCUGGCUUUGUCUCAGAGAGAGGUCCGCCUUACCGAGCCUGCGAUCUUUUUGAUGAGCUGGUGGCCUUAGACACUGACAGCUUUAAGGACGAAGAGGUCAGCCCCGCCAAGCUGCAGAAGCACAUCAGGGCAUACUCUGAGCAGCUAUACAGAAAUGAGAACCCAAACCCCCACAUGGCAUUCCAGAAAGUGCCUCGGCCUUCGGAAGGAUCCCACCUGCGGGUGCACCAGGUCCCCUUCCCCCCGCUGGAUGACGAACAUGUGGAGAAAAUGAUGCAGGAGGGUGUGGCCAAACACAGCAGCGCACCUCCUUCUACACGACCUGAGAGGAAGUGUGUUGUACCUGCUGGACCACCCGUCGUUUCCAUUAUGGGUAAGAUUGGCUCCGUGUUCAACAGCGCUCGCAGGCUGGAGGUGGUGCGGAGCUGCAUUUCCUUCAUCUUUGACAACAAGACUCUGGAGACUGAAAAGGCCCUGCCGGCUGCACUGCGCGCACUGAAAGGCAAGUCAGCACGCCAGUGUCUGACUGAGGAACUUCGUCUUCAUGUACAGCAGAACCGCGCCAUACUGGACCACCAACAGUUUGAUUACAUCAUUCGUAUGAUGAACUGUGCUCUCCAGGACUGCUCCAGCUCGGAGGAAUACACGGUGGCUUCUGCACUGCUGCCCCUGUCAACAGCCUUUUACAGGAAAUUGGCUCCCGGGGUGAACCAGUUUGCAUACACCUGCAUUCAGGACCAUCCCAUCUGGGCCAACCAGCAGUUCUGGGAGGCCACUUUCUACAGCGAGGUCCAGAGUCAGAUCCGAGCUCUUUAUCUUAACACCCUAGAGGGAAGGCUAAAGGAUACGGGCCCCGAACCUGCAGCGGGCAGCGAUGAGGAGCACACAGCAAUGGCCUUGGCAGCAGAGCAGCUGCGUGCAUGGCCCGGCCUGAGCAAGGAGAAGCAGCAUGAGUUGGUGAAGAAUGAGGAGAGCACCGUGUUCAGCCAGGCCAUCCACUACGCCAGCCUCAUGGUUUACCUGCUAGUUCCUUUGGACACCAGCAAGCUCAAGCUGCUCCGUACCGCCCCCGUCGCCGACUGGGAGAGCGGCAGCAACAGCAUCGUCACAAACAGCAUUGCUGGUAGCGUUGCAGAAAGCUUUGACACCGAAAGCGGGUUUGAGGACUCGGAGAACAGCGAUGUGGCCAACUCUGUGGUCAAGUUCGUUGCCCGCUUCAUCGAUAAGGUGUGCACAGAGAGCGGAGUAACCCAGGAGCACAUCAAGAGCCUUCACAGCAUGAUCCCAGGCAUCGUUGCUAUGCAGAUGGAGGCUCUGGAGGCGGUUCACAGAGAGAGCAGGAGGUUACCUCCCAUUCACAAGCCUAAGAUUCUGCGUCCAGCACUGCUUCCUGGAGAGGAGUUGGUGUCAGAGGGGUUGCGGGUGCUUCUGGACCCUGACGGCAGGGAAGAGGCCACUGGGGCUCCUGGGGGCCCUCACAUCCUGCCAGCAGAGGGAGCCCUCUUUCUCACCACAUACCGCAUCAUUUUCAAAGGCACCCCCCAUGAUCCACUGGUGGGGGAGCAGGCAGUGAUCAGAGCUUUCCCAAUGUCCACGCUGACCAAAGAAAAGAAGAUCAGCAUCCAGAACCAGCUGCAGCAGAACAUGCAGGAAGGCUUGCAGCUCCGCUCUGCUUCAUUUCAGCUGAUAAAGGUGGCUUUUGAUGAGGAGGUGAGCUCAGAGAUGGUGGAGAUUUUCAGAAAGCACCUGCAGAGGAUUCGCUACCCACAGUCCAUCUUCAGCUCCUUUGCUUUUGCAGCAGGACAAACCGCACCUCAGCUAAUCCUUCCAAAACAAAAAGAGAGGAACACUGGCUUCAGAACGCUGUCCAAAACUAUUGUCAAGGGAGCAAAGAGGGCUGGGAAGAUCACCAUGGGCCGUGGCAGCCAAACCACACUGAAGAAGAACGACAGAGGCAGCAGGAUGACCUGGCAUGACGAUGAUGAUGUUUCAAUAUCAGACGACGGGGAGCCGCCACCCAGCAGCACUUUGCGAGCAUCAGAGAAGUCCACCAUGGAGCAGCUGGUGGAGCAGUCCUGUUUCCGUGACUACCAGCGUCUGGGCCUGGGCACCAUCACCGCCAGCUCGUCUCGCUCCAAGUCAGGCGAGCAGUUCAGGAUCACAGCCGUGAACAGACUCUACUCCCUCUGCCGCAGUUACCCAGGUCUGUUGGUGGUUCCUCAGGCAGUCCAAGACAGCAGCUUACACAAAGUGGCCCGCUGCUACAGACACAACCGUCUGCCUGUUGUGUGUUGGAAACAUCCUCGUACUAAAGCCAUGCUGCUCCGCUCAGGAGGCUUCCACGGCAAGAGUGUGGUGGGAUUGUUCAAGUCGCAGAACCCCUCCUCAACAGCUCCUGCCUCGUCUUCAGAAUCUUCCAGCAGUCUUGAGCAAGAGAAGUAUCUGCAAGCCAUCCUGAACUCCAUCCCUAUGUACUUCAAAAUUAACGGAAACAACACCCUGUCCAACCGCUCCCUCGUAGGCCUCUCACCAGGCAGUGACAGGAGGACAUCCAGGAUACCAAAGAUGGCUCCUGUCCAUUUAGAACUCCCAUUCUCAAACAGCUUUACCAGAGGAGUGCUUGAGUACAGAGAUAAACUUUUCACUCACUCAAACCAAAAACCUGCCAGUAAGGAGAGAAUCCACCAUCAAGGCAUGUGGGCUAGCCUGCGCUCCAGCAGCAGACUCGGCCAUCACCCGUUGACUGCAGACGUUGGCUCCAGACUAGCAGGGAAGGAUCUGGCACCUCCUGCAGGUAGCAGCAGUCUGCAGGCGCAGCUCCUGAAGCGGCAAGCUGCCCUCUACGUCUUUGGAGAAAAAUCCCAUCUAAGGGGCCUCAGAGUGGACUCUUCUCUGAACUGUGAGCUGGUGCCGGUGGACUUUGCAGACACCCGGCAGGUGAAAGCCUCUUUUAAGAAGCUGCUGAGAGCCUGCGCUCCCAGCGCCACCUCGUCCGACUCGGAGGAUUCCUUCCUCAGAGCCUUGGAAGACUCUGAAUGGAUCCUGCAGCUUCACAAGAUCCUGCAGCUGGCACUGAUUCUGGUGGAGCUUCUGGACAGCGGCUCAUCUGUUCUCCUCAGCCUGGAGGACGGCUGGGACAUUACCACACAAGUGGUGUCUUUGGUGCAGCUGCUGAGUGAUCCUUUCUACCGGACUCUGGAAGGGUUUCAGGUGCUGCUGGAGAAAGAGUGGCUGUCCUUUGGCCACAAGUUCAGCCAGAGGAGCAACCUGAGUCCCAGCAGCCAGGGCGGCGGCUUUACACCCAUCUUCCUGCAGUUCCUGGACUGUGUGCACCAGAUUUUGGAGCAACAUCCUCUGGAGUUUGAGUUCAAUCAGUAUUAUCUGAAGUUCCUGGCCUAUCAUCACAUCUCUAACCGCUUCAAGAACUUCCUGUUGGACUCAGACUAUGAGCGCUUGGAACAUGGAACGUUGUUUGAUGAUAAAGGUGAUAAACAGGCCCGGAGAGGCAUCUGUAUCUGGGAGUGCAUGAACAGGAUGCACAGGAGGAGUCCCGUCUUCUUCAACUAUCUGUACAGCCCCACAGAGAGCGACGUGAUCCUGAAGCCUUCGAUCAGCAUCCCCAGCCUGAAUAAAUGGGACUACUUCACAGAUGAGACUCUGUCCACUGGGCCGUGCUACGACUGGGGGAUGAUGGCUGCGAGGUCAGACAGCUCAGAGGAGGUGCACACUCUGUCCAACAGUAAGAGGAGGAUAGUGUGGCCUUGUUACAGCAGCGUGAGCCGCGCCCAGCCCGACGCCAUCACCAAACUCCUCACUGACAUUGGGAAGCUGGAAGGAGAGCUGAACCAGGCCUCUGAGAAAUGGCAGACAACUCUGGAGAGAGUCAGAAUCAGCAUUCAGGAAGACCUCGCCCAAGAAGGAAAUCUCCGUAAACAGUCCACGGUGUCCAUCUCAGGCCUCAUUCCCACGUCGGGCCUGCAGGCUUUCCAGAGGCGCUCCAUGCUGCACCUGCCAGACAGCGCACUGGGCGAAGACCACAGCACCACCACGGCCAAUGGGAUCAACCGCCGCGCCGCAACACUUUACAACCAGUUCACCCCCAAGAGUGAGGAGAACAGGUCUUACGAGGGGAUCCUGUACAAACGUGGAGCACUGCUGAAAGGCUGGAAGCCUCGCUGGUUUGUUUUGGACAUAACGAAACACCAGAUGAGGUACUACGACACCGGGGAGGACACAAACUGCAGAGGCCACAUUGAUCUGGCAGAGGUGGAGUCUGUAAUGAUCGCCGCUCCAACUAUAGGAGCUCCCAAACACAUCAGUGAAAAGGCUUUCUUUGACCUGAAGACCAGCAAGCGAGUAUACAACUUCUGCGCUUCUGACGCGCCCAGCGCUCAGCUGUGGAUGGACAAGAUCCAGAACUGCAUCUCUGACGCCUGAGCAGUGAAACUCUGAGGCUGAACUCUGACGUUAACAUCAUGAACUCUAGAGGCGGCAUCAGGUGGCUGAGAGCAGAGACGUGACACCCGCUCGAGCUUUCAGAUGUCUUUAAUUUGGGGACCACGGUGAACAAAGUGCCUGCUAGUGGAGAAUGAAUGUGAUCAUCACCUCUCCACCUGUUGUUAUUUAGCAGCUGUUCAGGUUUUCGUCUCUCAGCUUCAGUUGGAGUCGAUCAAACACAUUCGUCUCUGCUGUCAGCUCCCUCCUCCACACCUCCAACGGGGAAGAAGUGAAGAUAAGCUGAUGUUUGAGGGGGCUGCACUUCCAAGGAAAUGCUAUCCCACUUAAGCUGUAAAUAGAUCAAAGCAAUAUCACUGGCCAAUCAAACUGUGGGUUCAAUUUUAGGCUUAAAAAAAUUAGAAAAUAGCCUAUAAAAUAAUUUCUAUCACAUAUUUUACUACGAGGAAAAGGUUAUUGCUGCUUAAAGAAAUGUAUGAACCGCCAAAAACUCAGAGAUUAUAAUGCACAACAUGAAAAAGUAAUUUCUUUGCACUUAACUCUAAAGUAUGCACUCCUUAUCAAAUAUAAAUUUCUAACAGAUGCAGACAGCGAGGCUUAAGGCAUUACUUUACAAUGUACAUACAUUUCCUCCAGACUGAUUAAAUGAAAAGAAUUUGCACAGUGAGUUCAAAAAGAUUUACCUGACAUUUUUCUAUUUAAAUAUGUGAUGUUUUCUCUAUUUUGUUGAGUGUUUUAUUGACUUCUGGAUAACACAUGUCUCAUGUAAUGUAAAUUAUUCUUUUUUUAUUAAAAGUGUAACUGUGUAAGUGUGGUGGUUUUAUGUUUUUCUGUAAAUACCUGUCUGACAUUUCAUUUUAUAUUCUGUAUGAUGUACUGAACAUAAGUAUACUUUUCUAACCUUAAUUCUAAUGUGACCAACAAGUCUUUUUUUUUUUAUGUGUCGUUACUGGUGCAAAAACCUGAGUGGCCUGUUUCCCAUUUGUGAUGAAACAUUGUUCUGAAAAUGAAAUGGAGAUGAUUCUUUUAGUUGAUGUUGUUCAGAUUGUCCAGGCAGGCUCUGUGUCUUUUAAGGGCUUUUAAAAGAAAUAAAUGAAUAUAUCAUGUAGGACAUUGUGGUUUUCAGAGAUCAUCGUCUUGUCCGUUUGUGCAACCGAUAGUUUCAUUAAAAUAGAAAAAAAAUGCGAAUGAAACUACUCAAAGAUUUCAGAGGCUUUUUUUGUUACUGUAUCUUUGUACCAUGUUUUGUGAUGACACUAAUUUUUUGAAAUAAACCAAACAUACU